CAGCGCCGAUACCGAGUUCGCGCAUGCGUAGCUGCCUUUUCCCUACAAAAGCAGGUGCUCUGCCAGGGCCCAGACUUCAUAAGCCAUGUCUGCUCCAGAUCUUCUCGUCUCAGGUGAGCAAACCUGCAAGUCAACAUGGAGAGAACACUCAGCGUAGCACAUGGUGUUGGCGCCAAGCCGACUCGAAAGAACAAAAAGAAGUGGCCUGCGAAGAAGAAGGCUGCACAGAAGGCGCUGCAAAACAACAGUCCAGGCCAGCCUAUUGACCCGGAUACAGGGCGCCAGAAUGGUGGCUUCGCUGUGCCCGUGCCAGACAGUGACACGUCGUCAGUGUCGUCAAGAGAGGAGAAGAGUGAUACUAGCCUCGAGAGCAAGCCGACGUCACCAUCUCAGGCACCAUCUUCCGAGUCCGUGGGAAUGGAGCUAGAGGAGAAGAUGUCCUUAGCUGAGUCAACCGGGGAUGUUGCAGAGAAGGAGGCUGAGCGUGUCUCGGUCGAGCUGCCGGCGAGGAACGAAUUGGGCGACGAUGAAAGAAAGGCCAAUCCCAUGCGUAUGCACCUCUCCGAUAACGAUCUACAUCACACGGUGUCACCAGCUUCGAAACACCCAAACAAUUCAGGGUCCAAUGGCGUGGCUUUGCUGGAUGGCGACCUAAGAAGACGCCGUAAAAGGGGCCCCAGAGCUCCCCGGGAUCGUGACUAUCCCCCGCUUGUCGACACGGUCAGCAUCGAUGACAGAGCGGCCCGGGAGCGAGCUCGAGCGAUGGCCUAUAGGGCGGGUGGCAUCCGGUUCGCGCCUUGGAAUAUACCCUGGCGUCGUCGACUGCAGACCCUGGCCGUCAUCAUGCAUCUGCUCACGAUCGUCGUGCUGCCGGCCUUCUUCUUUUUCCUCUGCGCCAUCCCGCUCACGUGGCCCAUCGUGAUACCCUAUCUCCUGCACAUGCUCCUCUCCAAGUCGCCCACCGAUGGCCGGUUGCGCAUGCGUUCGGAGCGCUGGCGGCGGCUCCCCGUAUGGAAGUUCUUUGCCGAGUACUUCCCCGCGAAGCUGCACAAGACGCACGAUCUGCCACCGACGCGAAAAUACAUCUUUGGCUAUCACCCGCACGGCAUCAUCUCGCACGGGGCCUUCGCGGCCUUUGGCACAGAAGCGUUGGGCUUCUCGGAUCUUUUUCCGGGCAUUACCAACUCGCUGCUCACACUCGACGCCAACUUCCGCGUGCCCCUUUACCGCGACUAUAUCCUGGCCGCGGGUCUGCGGUCCGUGUCCAAGGAGUCCAUCACCAAUACGCUGACGCAGGGUGGCCUCAACGGCGAGGGCAUGGGCCGUGCCGUGACCAUCGUUAUUGGCGGAGCGCGCGAGUCGCUCGAGGCCCGCCCCGGAAUCAUGCACCUAAUGCUGACUGAGCGCAAGGGAUUUGUCAAGAUGGCGCUGCGCACGGGAGCGGACUUGGUCCCCGUGCUCGCCUUUGGUGAGAACGACCUGUACGACCAGGUCAGCCCCAAGCGGCACUCGGGCCUGCAUAAGCUGCAGCUCAGCCUGCUCAGGACGCUCAAAUUCACGCUGCCGUUUUUGCACGGCAGGGGUAUCUUCAAUUACGACGUUGGCCUUAUGCCCUAUAGGCGGCCGCUUAAUGUCGUCGUCGGCCGCCCCAUCAUGGUUGCCCAGGCUAAGGACGGCGAGAUUGACCCAGCCGAGCUGGACAGGCUGCAUAGAGAGUACAUGGAUGAGUUGAGGAGGAUGUGGCAUACGUACAAGGACGUGUUUGCCCCUGGCCGGAAAGAGGAGGAGAUAUUGUUUCUGAACAAGUAAGGAAUGUGUUGAUCCAAUGGAGUGGCUUUUUUUAGUACGAUUAGCAUUCUCCCUUGCUUAGGUAUUCUUUUACAUGACUAGGGCAGGCAAGGUAUUGGGCGGCUCAAUUGGUGGUUAUGGCAUUAUUGUUCUGUUUCCUCUAUGUUGCUGCUUGUUGGGGCCUCGGAAAGACAUUCACAGUACGAAGCUAGACGGAGAUGGUGAUAUGAUAUGUGCGGCGUUCGAGUUCUAUUACUUAGAGUUGGUCGGUCCUAUCGAGGCGUUUAUAUCAGUGUUGAGAAAUGCUGUACGAACUUUCCAAGCAUGCAAUUGGAGUCGAUACUUGUCUUCAGCUUGGUUUUAUUCCUGCCAAUGUUUGCCUUGCUCUAGACUGAGAGUGUCUUCAGG